GGCAGUUUUUCCGAGAAGGUGGAUGCGUCGACUGCCCAGUUGGUUGCGCUUCCUCCUCGUGCUCUCAGGAAGGUGUUUGCACUUACUGCUCCGACACACAUAGGCUGUAAGGAGUGCUUGCCUUCCGCAAAAGUUUCCAAUGGCUACGUCCUUCCGCGUUGCACCGCUUGUGAGCCGCCCCUACAGCUCGACAUCUCCACUGGCCUUUGCAAAUCGCACUGUAGAACUGGCUUUGUUAACAAAGAGUGCAGCGAUGUCUGUAGUCCACUCUGUCAAACUUGCAUUGGACACACCUCCAGGUGUCUUGAGUGUGCUUCUGGUGCUCACCUCGUUCAUGGUGAACUAGCCACCAAUCCGCUAUUGCCUGUCGAAGCUUUUAAAGCGACCUACAAAUGUGUUGCCUUCUGCCCUGAGGGAACCUACCUUCAUCGCGUAGGGGACGAACAAGUAUGUCUGAAAUGUCCCCCACUCUGCGCCACGUGUUCCGGUAAGAGCUCUUCUGGCGUCCUCACUUGCCUAAACAUUAUUUUGACCGUUUUUGUUUUCUAA